AUGGCCAAAGUCAAGGCUAAGGAACUCCGUGGCAAAAAGAAGGAAGAACUUCUGAAACAGCUCAAUGAGCUAAAAAAUGAACUACAGACUCCUCGUGUUGCCAAAGUAACUGGUGGAGCUAAGAUCUACACUGUGCGCAAAUCAGUUGCUGGUGUCCUCACUGUCAUCAAACAGACAAUAAGGAUAACCUAGGUAAAAUUCUACCAGAAGGAUAACCUAGGUAAAUUCUACCAUAAGAAGGCUCACAAACCCAAUGACCUGAGACAAAAGAAGACCAGGGCAAUGAGACGUGCACUCACACCUUAUGAACUCACCUGCAAGAGUAAAAAGGAGUUACGAAAACAGCGUCUUUAUCCAAUUAGAAAGUAUGCUGUAAAGUAUUAAAGUUGUAUGCUUUGAAAUUAAA